AUGGAUAUAAUAAAAGUAAACCAAUCCCAUCAAUAUGGUCAACGCCCCCUCACCACCAGACCACUUCGCCGUAAUCCCUCAUCCGCCUUGACCUUCACUCAUAUGAUGCACAGCCGAUACAAUUCCAAAGACGACCUCAAUGCCUAUUCGGCUUAUCCCAGCCACUUGGUCGUCGUCGGAGAAUCAUUCCAGCCGAUUUGUGAAGACAUAAUAAUGCCCGUCGAUUGGGUCGUUGAUGAUCCCUCCUGUCCGGUGGUCCCACGGCCCGGUUCAACCAUGAGUCGUGUUCUUGAUGUUAAAGAAGGGUUUGGAGCAGAAAGAGAAAAGGGAGAUUUUGGGAGUGAUUGGAGGGAUUAAAACGUUCUAAGCUUGGGGGAGAAUUUUUCUCCGGCGAGGGAAAAAGGUUUUCGAUUGCCUCCGGGAUUGAGAGAAUUGGAGGCAAUGGAUUCAAUUGUGGAGUUGGUGAAUGUUGAGAAAGAGAAGAUUAGGGAUCUGCUGGAGAGCGUGAGUGUCGUUGAUUAUGAACUUUCGGCACCCCAAUCUGUCAACCUCUGUUGGUUUUGACGAUUUCAUGUCAUAUUUUAUUUUGCUUAACUUUUUUACGAAAGAAUUUAUUUUAUUUUUUUAUUUUUUAUUUUGUUGAAUAAUGGUGGAACUAUUCGUUGGAACUUUUGUACAUAAAGAAAACAAAUGGUUACAACAAAAUUAGGAUUUUUCAUUUCUUCUUUCAUUCGUGUCCGAUGAUCCGAUCAAUUAGAAGAGGGUUUGAAGAUGGAGGGUUGGGAACAAGACCCCUGUUAGAAUAUAUAUAUAUAUAUAUAUCAUAUUUUAUAGGAUAAAGUGCAAAAAAAACCCUUCAACUAUUGGU